AUGGGUUGUUGUAAAAGUGCUCAAUACGGAUGUUGCAUUGCCAUUGAUGAUGAUGAAUCGAUUAUUUUAAAUAAACCAACAGGAAAGGAGAUUCGUCACGGACCCGGUUGGAAUUUUUUCCCUUGCUGGUAUGAUGUAAACGUUAUUAAGUCGAUUCCAUUACAAAGAAAUGAAUAUUUAGUCGUCAAACAUAUUAUUAAUGAUAGAAAAUCAAAAGCACAUGCUACAAACACUAGUAAUAAGGAGGAAGGAAUUGAAUUUAUAAAUGCUGAUGCCGCAAGUGAGGAUGCGAAAUUGAUGGAAAUAAUUCAUGGUCCACAAAUAUAUCGUAUACGGAAUCCAUAUGAUCAAAUAUCGGAUCAUACGGUCAAUAGGGGUAUUAAACAGAUGUUAAAUUUGUCAUCAACACAAUACUUGAUUGUUACAAAUAAAUUCAACGGUGAAAAAAAAGUUGAACGUGGUCCUAAAUUAUAUUGUCCGCGUCCAUCUGACGACAUUAGCGAUAUUCGAAAUAUGUACAAUUUAUCAUCAACCGAAUAUAUUAUUGUAACAGAUGAAUCAUCGGGAGAAAAAAAUACCGUUCCUGGUCCGCAACUCUUCUGCCCGAAAGCAUAUGAUAAAAUAAGUGUUGUUUACAGUUAUAUCGUUCUUAAUCACACAAAUUAUUGUCGAAUUAUUGAUAGUCGAACAGGUGUGAUGAGAAUGGAAGAGGGUCCAAAAACAUUUGCUCUUGGUCCAUAUGAAUCACUUAUUAAACUAGACAAUCAGACAAUAUUUGAUAUUAUCAACAUUGAUAAUGAAAAUGCCGUACUUGUCAAAAAUUUGGAUACUGGUUUCGAUGAAUUAAUAACAAAACCUCAAAAAUUCAUUCCAUCAUUUACACAAAAAUUUUUAGAAAUUCGAAAAUUAAUUAAACUUGCUCCGUACGAAAAUAUGGUUCUGAUCGAUAAAGAUGGACAACAUAUUUUGAAAAAUGGUUUGAAAGAUAAAUCGUUCUUCAUUUAUCCCUAUCAACAAGUCUAUACUCAAGAAUGGUCCAAUGAUCUGAAUAAAAAUCAUAAAAGCAUUAAUAAAGUCGAUCGAUUUGAUACACGUAACCAAUAUAUGGACUAUGAAUUUCUUGUACGAACGGCUGAUAAUGUUGAAAUUAUUCUUGAUGUCUCCAUCUUUUGGCAAAUUACGGACUUGUAUAAACUUGUUUUGGUAACAAUGGAUCCACCAGAAGAUAUCUGUAAUCAUACUCGUUCACAAAUAUUAAGUGAAGUAUCAAAAUAUAAUAUGAAAGAAUUUAUGGAAUUACCAAAUAAUAUGCUAAUCGAUUCUGUAAAUAAAGAUGAUAAUUUCUAUAAUAGUCGUGGUGUCAAUGUUAUACGUGUAGAAGUAUUACAAAAACGUUGUAAAGAUGCUGAAAUACAAAAAAUAUUUAAACAAAUAAUUGAUGAAAAAACAAAUCGUAUUAAAAAUAAUGAGAAACAAGAGGCGAGUAAUGAAAUUCGUCUACGUGAUUUAACUGGUCAAAUUGAUGCUGAAAAAUUAUUUGGUACUUUAUUGAAAAUUAAAAAAGAAAAUGAACGUCAAGAAAAUCAAGCUGAUGGUAUUGCCGAAGGUUCAAAAAUACAAAAUUUUAUUAAUAAUCUUGGUGAUGAUAUUCCUCUAGAGAAGAAGUUACAAAUUUACUUUGAUAUACAAAAUACAAAACGUCUCGAACUUUUAGCAAGUAAUAAGACAUCGAUGUAUUUAACACCAAAAGAAGUCGAUACAAAGGUGGUCAACGUCAAUACAAUGUAUUCAACAAAUGAUGUAGUUCAACAAAAAGACUUGAAUCGUAUAAAUAUUGAAGUUUAA